AUAUAUGAAGCUCAGUUUAGAAGUCAGAUAACUGCGCCAGUGUGCUUCGAUCGCGCUUGACUCGAUCUCCAGUUGCUGCUAUUGCUGCUGCUAUCAGUCGAGAUCCCAGCGAGCACAGUAGGCUUCGAUAGCGCUUGACUCGAUCUCAAGUGGUCCAACGCUAGCAGCACCACCACGAGCUCCACCUCCAUCGUGCCGCCUCUGUUUACUCUCUCUGCCACUGCCAAUCGCCACAACUUGACGCAGCACCGCCUGCCGACACCGGUGAGUGCUGCUGCCAAUUUUGGUCAAUCCAGUGAAUGUUCAUUUCGGUGAGAUUGGUUGAAGGCAGAUGAUUUGGUUGCGGCACAGAUCAAGUAAACUCCAGCAAUAAUAAUUUUAUUUGGUGGCCGAUCUCACUGUUUGCAUCUGUCAAUCAUGGCUCCUUCUUCUAGCCCACCGGCGGUGGCCCCUCAAGGGGUGGCUGGCCGAAAUUUUGCAUCUGCACUCACUGGCCAAUCUUUCAGUCUGAAAGCUGUUGAAGAUCUUAGAUCAUUCGCUUCCAUUGACAUAAAUAAGAGGUUAUCAUCUAAAACUCCUAGCAAAUAUAAGGGUUUUCCUGCUGUUAAUUUCACUGAUGAUGAUAUUCAGAAACUGUCUCUCCCAUACCGAUAUGCUUUGAUUGGAGCUUUUAUGUUUGGAAGACCUUCUAUGCAGGCUUUGAAGAAGGCUUUUGAUAUGAUUAGUUUUAAAGGAGAUUUUACAUUGGGUUUAAUUGAUUCGAAUCAUAUUCUGAUUAACUUUGUUCUUGAGGAGGAUUUUCUCCGUUGUUGGCUUCGUCAAACUUGGUUUUUUAAUGGAUUCUCUAUGCGAGUCUCCAAAUGGUCUGCCUCUUUUCGACCAGAUGUUGAUAGCUCUAUUGCUCUUAUCUGGGUUUCUCUUCCAGGGCUCCCCAUUCAUUUUUUUGACAAAGAGGCUUUAUAUUCUAUUGUUGAAUUAAUUGGCAGGCCUUUGAAGGUAGAUGCCUCUACUGCUUCGCUAAUUCGGCCUUCGGUUGCUAAGUUCCACCUGUAGGAUGGCUUCUACCAGUAAUGUGCCAGAUCAAUUUAUUGAGCUUGUUAAGAAUGUUAUUGAACCAUCUCAAGCUCAAGUUUGUGUCCCCAAGAAACAGCCUCCUUCGACAGAGUUUCAAAAUCAAAAUUCUAUUCCUAAAAUUGAUGCUGUAGUUGUGUCUACAGCAGGCCCUCCUCCUCCUAAAAUUAGUUCUGAUGAUCAGAAGGUGUCUACUACGUCUGCUUCCCCCUCUUCAUCGAAGAUCAAUUCUGCUGUUCAAAUUUUGCCAACAGACAACGUCUUGGUGGACAGUGCUCCUUUAGUUUUGACUCAUGGUACUGAAAAGGUCUCUUGCCCGUCUGAUGUUGACAUUUGUGAAGUUAAUAAUAAAUUUUCUUCUUUGGGAUACUUGUCAGAAGGUGAUCGCUGUGAUUCAGAAUUUAUUGUUAAUGUUGAUGAUCUCAAAAAGGCAGGUUCAAUGAUUGCUGAAAAACUUUUCACUGGUAAUGUAAAUGGUAAUUUUGAGUCAUCUUCUGGUUUGGGAUUUAUUAAAGUGAUGAAGAAACAACGCAAUCGAAAAGUUAAAACAGCUAUUGAGCUUCUCAAGCCUACACGGCGCCAAAAGAAAACUCAAGCUUCCUCUGACUGCAUCCGGCCCAAUGAAUAUACUGAACUGGAAUCUUAGAGGUCUUCCAUCUUCUUCUAAUCGCUUACUUCGGCUUUGCCGCACUCAUCACAUUUUUCUGCUUUUUGUGAUUGAACCCAUGGUCGAUGCAGGUAAAAAUUAUUUUUAUGCUUCUAAACUUGGAUUUGACAAUGU